UCUUAAUAAAAAUUAAUUAAAGAUGCUUUCUAACAUAAAGAUUUUAAAGAGAGUCAGACCUGCUUCGUUGGUGCAAACAAGCAGAAUUCCGGCUCGCUUGGUGUCAACAAGCACCCAAAGAGUUGUACCUACAAGCUAUUUCAGAAGAGAGUCUGGUUACAACAGCAGCAGAGAUUACAGUUAUGGUUUCAAUCGUUUUGUUUAUCCAGGAGUAGCUCUUGGAAUGCUUUCGAUGCUUGGUGCUUAUGAAGUUUACAAGAACAAGUACGCUCCUUCUUCUGAGUGCUGCGGAAUCAUUGGGUUUAUCGGUGAAGACAACCUCGCUGGCAAGAUUAUCCUCGAUGGGCUGCAGAUACUUCAGUACAGAGGAUAUGACUCUUGUGGAAUUUGUACAAUUAACGAGAAAGGCGAAUUUGUUCUCAAUAAGAAAGCUUCUUCAUCAGGACAAGGAGGUGACUGUAUUGAAGCUGUACUUGGAUUAGCAGAAGGGAACCAUAAUCAUCAAGUCGGAAUUGGUCAUACUAGAUGGGCUACUCAUGGAGGGAAGACAGACAUCAACGCCCAUCCUCACUACGAUUCCACAGAAAGAUUCAGUGUUGUUCAUAAUGGAAUGGUGGAGAACUUUUUCGAGAUCAAAGAAAUCCUAAAAGAAUCUGGUAUUGAGCCCAAGAGUCAGACAGACACUGAGAUCAUAGCCUUGUACACCAAGUACCUCCAAGACACAGAAGGUUUAUCCACUGAGGAAGCAUUCAGAAAAUGAUUUAGUUCAUUGGAAGGGUCAAAUUGCUGUCUAUUGAUUGAUAAAGAAACUCCAGAUAAGUUAUAUGCUGCUAAGAAUGCAGGAUCACUCUUGAUUGGAAUUGGAGAUAAAGGAUUUGCUAUCUCAUCCCAAGUUGCUGCUUUCCAAGGUUAUACCAGAAGAUAUGUUCAAGUUCCUAACAAUGAGGUCAUCUGUGUAACUAAAGAAGAGAUCAUAGGAAGAGGAAAGACAAUCAACAAAGAUGACAUCAAGGUAAUGAAAAAGGAAAUCAUUGAUAAGAAACCUAAACCAGGCUACAAGUGGUUCUUUGAGCAAGAGAUAUUUGAACAAGCAGAAGCUAUCUCAAAGACUCUCAACUAUGGUGCCAGAAUCUCUUCCAACAAUAGAGUCAAACUUGGAGGUCUUGAAGCUCAAGAGGACGAAUUGAAAUCGGUUGAAAAUUUGAUCAUUGGAGCAUGUGGAACUUCACUCUAUUCUGGAUGCUAUGCAGCUUUAUUAAUGAAAAAGUUCCAAGUAUUCCAAUCUGUAACACCUCAGACUGCUUCAGACAUCAAUGAUGAUUACUUGUAUCCAAGGAAUACUGGUGUGCUGUCAAUCACCCAAUCAGGUGAGACCGAAGACUUGAAAAAGCUUAUUAGACUUGCUCAGAGUAAAAACAUUGUUUGUUUUAACGUCAUCAAUGAAGUUGAGAGUGAAAUAGCCAGAAUGACUGAACUCGGAGUUUUCAUCAAUGCAGGAAGAGAAGUCUCAGUUGCAAGUACAAAGGCAUUUAUGUGUCAAUCCAUUGCUCUUUGUUUAGUAACCAUGUGGUUUGCCGAAAAGAAGAAUCCAAGCAAGUUUGUUCUUGAGAGAAUGGAACUACUCCAGAACCUCAAAAUGUUUACAAUGAAAGUUCAGGAAACUUUGAAUGAAAACAAAUUUGAAAUUGAAGAGAUUGCAAGAGCUGUUCAAGAUAAAGAGUAUAUGGCUGUCUUGGGAAAAGGAUUGUGCGAGCCAAUAGCUAAAGAAGCAGCUUUAAAAAUUAAAGAAGUAACUUAUAUGCAUGCUGAAGGAUACUCAAGUGGUGAAUUUAAACAUGGUCCAUUAGCAUUAAUCGAAGAAGAUAAAAAGACUGUAGGAGUUGUAUACAUCUUAGAUGAUGAGAACUUUGAAUUCAAUAUGUCUACUCUGGAACAGCUCAAAGCAAAGCAAGCUUUCACCAUUGUUAUUACAGACUGUAAGCACAAGAUCAAGAAUGAGCUUGCAGAUAAAUUUAUCAACAUUCCAAACUGUGGGCUGCUCACCCCCUUGUUAGGAAUCAUUCCAAUGCAGUUGUUAACUCUACACAUUGCUGAAAUGAAGGGAAAUGAUGUUGACCAACCUAGGAACCUCGCUAAAACCGUAACUGUUUAAAUAAAUAUUCCCAAAUAUUAAUUUACUUCUCAUUCUGC